GAAACCCUCCACCAUGCUGAAGAAGUUCGGGUCAUCUUCCUGAUCCACGGCCUGGCUGUAGCCGCGGUGGUGCCGCAACAGAGAGGAAGACACUGGCAGAGCCGAGUCAACGGCCAGCACAGAUCCGGCUGCUCGGGUGUAGUGUGACAUUGUCCAAUCAGAGCUCCUGCUUCAACAUCUUUCAACUUCAGUUUGGCUGAACCUCAAAAAGGAUGUGAAUGAUUUGGGAGGCCAGAAGACAUAAAUGUACCCUGGGGAACCCUCUGUUCAUCCUGAGCGACUGAAAUCUUGAGCAUGUGUGAACCCAAAAAGAUCCACGUGUUUCUUGGGGCUCCUCCUCCUUCCUCUGACACUGAACCUGGCCAGGAGUGUGAUGGUCAUCAUCAAAGUGGACUGAGACACCUGGACCUCACCUGGACAGAAGGACGCUUGAGACCUUUGACAGGCUCUGCUGAAAAUGAUUGCCUCACAGAAACAUCCAAAGGGCAGGACAAGAAGCUCCAAACAAGCUGCAAUCCAAACGGAGAGAAUGAGUGUUCCAGCGGUGGUGAUCAUGAAUCUGCUGAAGGAUCAGAUCCUGACAAAGAGGAUCAGUGUUCUGCUUCAGUUCACGAGUAUCUAGACAGCUGUUUCCCUGCAGCUCAACCAGAACCGGAACCUAAUCCUUCUCACUGUUGUGAACCCAAGUCAUUAGAAAGUGUUGUUCCGUUGCGUACUGAGAAUGAUUACCUUGCCACCUGGACCCUGAGUCAGGCCUUAAUCCUGAGAGGAAGCCAAUCAACAAGCAGUCCAGUAAAAAACCUGUCUACUCAAAAACCACCUCAAGUCCAAAGUCCUUCUCCGGCCUCUUCCAACACACCUGAGCUGUUCAGCCCCAUCACUCCUUCACCAGAAGCCUCUGUCGAACUCUUCAGCCAGAUAUGCACGACAGAAAUGGUGGAACAAAGAGGAGUUCUCCUCCAGGCCACUGUGAAGGGAGUUCUUUACUCUCAAGAGGCUGAGCCUAAAACUGCCCACAGUUUGAAGAAGGCUCGCAAGUCUGAGGAUCUGAGGACUGAGACACCACGAGACAAAGUCCGGUCUGUUGGCCUUUACACUUCCACCACCCAUCUGAUCAACUGUCAAAAACCAAACGUGAAAUAUUGUGUUCUGGUGGUGGCAGUUCAUCCCUCUCACAUCAAAGAGGUCAAGAUGAAGUCCACAGGGACUUUUGUUCCUCUGGCGUCCUUAGUUGUGACGGAUCAGUCAAACGUGGAGUUAAAAGUGGUGCUGUGGCGGAGGGCGGCAUUUUGGGCGGUGGCCGUUUCUCCUGGAGACAUUCUGCUCAUCACAAAUCUUCAGGUGAUGGAGGACAGAUGGAGAGGAGAGACAAUCCUUCAGUCCACAUUCAGCAGUAAAAUGCUCAGUCUUGGACAUGUUGCUGCAUCCACUCAACCAACAGCUCCUCAGCACGUUGAUGCUCAGUCGGUCAGUGCAUUGUGUGUGUUUCUACGUGAACGCCGCCCUCUGCUGGCAUCUCUGCCUCCUCCUGUCCCCCAGGACCUGAAACGAGUCCCUUACACCUCCUUGAGUUCCCUGAGAGCCAACAUGCUUGUGAACAUUCUGCUGCGAGUCAGGCAUGCACACAUGAGUUCAGAGUGGCGAGAGGAGGCUGAGUCUCGCUGCAGAUCUGCCCGUCAUUCCAAAGUGGUCCUAACUGUUGAGCAGGCAGAUGGACAGCAGGGGGUGCUGCUGUUGUGGGGGGCUUCUAGAGACUGGUUGCCACGCUUCACCAGAGACUCAGGGGGCGUCUGGGACUUCCGUGUCCUCCUGGUGAGGGACAGUUUGUCUUCUGACUGCCUUGAACUUCACUCCACACCCUGGAGUUCCUGCCGCCACCUCCAAUCCACAGAUCGCCGCCUGCAGAAUUUCUUGUCUCCACGGCGCAGCCUGACAGUAGACGGUACCGUGGAGCUUGACGUGGACACGCUGCUGUCACAGCAGUACAGCGGCUUCGUAGAGCUGCGAGUGCACGUCAUGUCCUUUCGCUUCCAGAACACUCCGUCCUCCCAGAAUGCACCUGUGCUCCUGGACAGCACCACCACUUUGGAGGGAAUUCUAGAGCUGCUGAGUGAAGAUGUCACGUAUUCCGGCUGCGGUCGCUGUGCAGCCGAACUCCGUACCGACGCUAACAGCAUCUAUAUUCCUUGUUACCCCUGUCUGCCCCAUACGUCUGUACGGCACUACUACAGAUCAGCCGUGCUGACAGUGAGUGGGCGGGGUUGCACAUCGUUGUGUGUUCAAGUCCCUCCUAUUGCUUUGCAGGAAGUCCUCCAUGCUCCACCAGAUAAACUACAAAGGAGCUCAGCUCCAGGUUCUUUGAUAAAACACAUCCAGGUGGCAGCAGAGAGACUACAAGCCCUCCUGUCGCUGCCAAAGAAAACAUUUGUCAUCACGAUCAGGAGCAACUUCCUGUGCGACGAAAACAGCAUCAUCCUCAGUCAGGACUUCACGCUGCUCAACCUUCAGUUUCCCAGGUGACGAGGAGAUGACGUUUUCACUUGUGUUUGUGAUUAGAUUUUCUGUUUAUUAUACGUGUUAUUUGUAUAUAUCCUGUAUUUGGCUAAUUUUCAUUUUUUUGUACAUUGAAACCUGUGGGUUUCUUGAAAUAACACAGAAACAUUUUUGUACUAUUAAUUACGGUUUCAUUAAACAUUUGUUUCUUCA